CCAAACUGCCCAACUACCACCAGCGUUUCGUCUCACUGCCGUCCCUCAAUUGACUCGUCUUCCUGCCCACAAUUGAAAGCUGCCUGCACUCCUCGGUGGGUGGAAAUACGGUGCCUGGCUUGCUGGUCCUUUCCUUUCCUUUCCUUGCUCUCCGUUGGCAAUGCUCCCUCCAACAAGCACCGACUGAUCCUAGCGACGUCCUCAUCGUGUCCAUCUCCAUCCGUCGCAUCGUCGCAUCGUCGCAUCCGUCGCAGCUCGUCGAGGCAGUCCGCGACUAGCCGUUCAAAAUGGCCUCUCAAACUCCUGCCGUUGUCAUGGACAACGGAACGGGCUUCUCGAAACUAGGCUUCGCCGGAAAUGAUGCCCCUUCUUUCGUUUUCCCCACGGCCAUUGCUAUGAAAAGUGCUGGCGGCGGCGCCGCAGGAACAGGCUCGGGAAGACCGGCCGUUGCCAACAAACCCUCCUAUCUCACUGGCGGUGCUGGACCCAGUUCCAAUUUGGCGGGCAAGCGGGGUACAGAAGAUCUCGACUUUUUCAUUGGGGACGAAGCACUUGCGGCGGCAGCUGGUCCUGGCUACAGCAUCAACUAUCCCAUCAGACAUGGUCAGAUCGAGAACUGGGACUACAUGGAACGUUUCUGGUCAAACUCCAUCUUCAAGUACCUGCGAGUGGAGCCGGAAGACCACUACUUUCUCCUGACAGAGCCCCCUCUUAACCCCCCCGAAAACCGCGAAAACACCGCCGAGAUCAUGUUCGAGUCCUUCAACUGCGCAGGUCUAUACAUUGCCGUACAAGCCGUUCUCGCAUUAGCUGCUUCCUGGACGUCCUCCAAAGUGACUGACCGCUCUCUAACGGGCACUGUCAUCGAUUCAGGGGACGGUGUCACACAUAUCAUUCCCGUCGCUGAAGGAUACGUUAUUGGUUCAUCGAUCAAGAGCAUACCGAUUGCUGGGCGGGAUAUCACAUAUUUUGUGCAGAGCCUGUUGCGGGACAGAGGAGAGCCAGACAGCAGUCUCAAGACAGCAGAGAAGGUCAAGGAGGAAUACUGUUAUGUCUGCCCCGACAUCGUCAAAGAGUUCGCCCGCUACGACAAAGAACCCGACCGGUUUCUCAAGCACACCGUGACCCAACCCAACGGAAGGUCCAUCACAAUUGACGUCGGAUACGAGCGAUUCCUUGCUCCCGAGAUCUUCUUCAACCCUGAAAUCUAUUCUUCGGAUUUUCUCACCCCCCUCCCAACUGUGGUCGAUGGAGUUAUCCAAUCAUCCCCGAUAGACGUUCGCCGAGGGCUUUACAAGAACAUUGUUCUGUCUGGCGGUUCGACCCUGUACAAGGACUUCGGCCGGAGGUUACAGCGAGACAUCAGACACUUGGUUGAUGCUCGUAUCCGAGCAUCCGAGGCUCGGAGCGGUGGAGCCAAGAGUGGUGGUCUGGAUGUCCAAGUCGUCACCCACAAGCGACAGAGACACGGACCUUGGUUUGGUGGCAGUCUACUGGGCCAAACGCCUGAGUUCAGAAGUUACUGCCACACCAAGGCCGAGUAUGACGAGAUAGGCCCAAGCAUCGUCAGGAGGUUUGCUUUGCUGGGAGGUCCCGGCAGCACUUAGACAUCGAGAUCUGACGAGAUAGAAAGUGACGAAUCGAGAAAAAAGCAUGACAAGUGCCGCUGACGGCGGCCUUGAACCCUUUUA